UUGGUCGCCAGAACAUUUCAGCAAUGAAUGUUAUGGUCGUGAAAGAUGUAGUUUAUUUGUCGAAUAUGUUAGUUGGUUUGGUUAUUUUCAGAAUGGGUGACGAAAUAGAUUGGUCACGAAAACUAAAUAUGUGCAAUAGCUUUGACGAGGGUAGAGAUUUUGGAGCCGAUAUUUCUAUAAAAAAGAAAAAGAAAAAAAAGUAACAGUUCACUAGUAGAGACACAAGUAACUCAAAAAACCAUUAAGAUUAUAAAAAAUUGAAGAAAGUGUUUUUUUUUUUUUUUGGUCACUGUAACAUUAGAAAUUGAUGUAAGUGGACAACAAAUUUAUAUCUUAUGAUAUUUAUUUUUUUAUUUUUUAUUUAUACAAGUCAUAUUGAGGGAAGGUCGAAUCGAACUUAGGACCUCUAAAUUAUUUGAGUUACAAAUCCUUUGCAUCCGAUGAUAUAAUAUUAAUAAAUAAACGUACAUUAUAACAUGAGAUUGUUCAUUAGGGAAAAAAAAAACACGAGUGAAUUCUUAUAAAAAAGAAUAUGGCUAAAUUAGAAACGCGUGACACCAAAAACGGAGAAAGGAGGCCAACUAAGUCAUGAGGAAAAACAGACACAACUGAAGGAAAAACAAAAGACAUAUUACUCACGACACCCAAUAGUGUUCUACCCUGUUAAUUCUUCUUUCAAUCUUAUCCAUUCGAAAAAGAAAAAGAAAGAAAAAAAAACUAGUUCAGCUGAAAAGAAGAAAAGAAAAGAAAAACAGAAAAGAAGAACUUACUUUUUUAAGGGAAAAAAAAAAAGGAAACUCACCCAAGAAAUUGUCUUCCCUCCUUAUUGUGAGUAAAACUUGGUGUGGACGCAUUCCAAGCCCAAAAGAUUUGACACCACAAAUUUCUAUGGAUCUCUUCUUUCUUUUCUUUAUUUGGCCCCUCCUCUAUGGCAAUCUAUAGAAUCCAAAAAAAUAAUAUUCAGCCCUCCCAUUUUUAAGGGCCUAUUUUCGAAGACCCUCUUUGCGGACACAAACUUGCCUGUGUCUCUAUAAAUAUGCACAAUCCCAUGCCCCCUUUCAAUCAACAUCUAACAAUCCAACCUUCUCUACUACAAAGAAAAGACCUUAAACUUCUCAUAUCAAGAAACAAAAAUGGCGUUCAACACGAAGCUUCUUUUGGCCAUUUGCUGCGUCGCCUUGGUCUUCACUCUUGUAUUUGCAAACAUUUCUAAAGAAGAGAUCGAUGGCUUCGUCGAGGAGCACAACAAGGCUCGUAAAGAGGUCGGCAACAAACCCCUCAAGUGGAAUACGACCUUGGCCCAGUAUGCCCAAGAAUAUGCGGAUAAAAGAGUUGGCGACUGUGCCAUGGAGCACUCGAUGGGGCGUUGGGGUGAGAACUUGGCCUCCGGUGACGGCAUGAGUGGCGCAGCGGCCACCAAGUAUUGGGUCACUGAGAAGGAGUUCUAUGACGAAAAGUCCAACAAAUGCGUCAGAGACGAAUGUGGUCACUACCUUGCUGUGGUAUGGGGCAAAACCACCGAGGUCGGAUGUGGCAUUUCAAAGUGCAACAAUGGACAGAACUAUGUGGUUUGCAGCUACGAUCCCAUGUACCAGCCCGAGGACGAGCGCCCCUACUAGACAAUGUAUGUAUGCUUGCGUGC